UCAGUCAAUCUCUAAAGAAAAUCUUUCAGAAAACCUGGAGAACUUUUGUUCAAAAGCACUUUUAAAAAUUACAAGAAAGCCUGGCUCCUUGGAAGCAAAAUAUAAAGAAAUGAGGAGUGGCUCAAGACUUUUGCAUAGUACUGUAUAUUCUUCUGAUUUAAUUAUUGAAGAGUCUUUACCUUACUAUAUAAAUCUCCUUGAGACGACUGUUGUGAUUUGGCACUAUAAAUAAAAUCGAAUUGAAUUGAAUUACAGAAAUUUAUUUUAAGAGGACUGCCACACAAAGGAGUUCACUCACUUCCAUCCAUUGUUAUUUUACUGUGCAGUUUUCAAGCAAUAUAAUGGUAAAAGUCUCUCACCAUGUCACAACCAGUGCUAAAUUUUGCACAGAUGGACUACCUUAUUUAAUCUCUUUAAAACUGACGGAAAAAAAAAUUCCAUGUCUACAUUUAUUAUUACAAAGGUGUACCGGGGUUUUGUUCAAAGGUCAAUUACCAAAGCUGUACCUCUUCGCGCCAUAACUUCCGUCCUACAAGCAGCUGACUGCCACGAGUGGGUCACGUGAAAAACAAGGAAGCGCAGUAUCGGUAAACAACGCUAAAACAAAAAGUGCACACGUUCACAGAGGAUUUGGUGUAUUUGCAAUACCUACAACAAUGCCACUGUGUGUGCGCCUUUCUAGCUGGGCUUUUUUGUGUUUGUUUUCCGGAGUUUUCGCGGUAUUUUUUCAUCAGCAGCAUCUCAGCAUGAGUCUGAACGGCAAAUGGAGGCUGUCAAACUCCAACGCUACACUAUCACUGCCUGCACAAGUGCCAGGCUGUGUCCACUCAGCUCUGCAGCAACAGGGAUACAUCCCGGACCCAUAUUUCAGGUUCAACGAUGUCUCUUAUCGAUGGAUUGCAUUUGACAACUGGACAUACACAACCACAUUUACUGUAUCUCCUGAGCUGAGGAUUAAACAGAAGGUGCUUCUUAUGUUUGACGGCGUGGACACUGUUGGGUCAAUUUCACUCAAUGGGAUUGCUGUUGGAAAGACAGACAACAUGUUUUGUCGAUAUGACUUUUCAGUGAGAGAUUUGCUGAAAGACGGCGAUAAUGUCCUUCAAGUUGUUCUGCUGUCUCCGGUUCUUUACGCGUCUGAGCGGAGAAAAGCUCAUUCGUCGUACAGAAUUCCUCCUGAAUGUCCUCCUGAUGUCCAGAAAGGGGAAUGUCACGUCAAUUUCAUCAGAAAGGAGCAGAGCUCUUUCAGUUGGGACUGGGGACCUUCGUUCCCUACGAUGGGACUAUGGAAAGGAGUUCAACUCGAGGCUUUUGAUGUUCUGCAGCUCAUCCAGGUUUCCUCUGUUCCUUUCUACAAUUAUAGCUGCUCUCAGUGGAGGGUGCAGGUUGAGCUUCAUAUUGAUGCAGUUCAGACAGCACACGGCCAAAUCACACUCUCCAUACCUGAACUGGACUCGGAGCAAACCUUCCAGAUGCAGUUUCUCCCUGGAAAGACCAAGAGCAACUUCACCUUAUUCAUCAACACGGCGAGUCAGCUGAAGCUGUGGUGGCCAAACGGAUAUGGUGAACAACCAUUUUAUCGUCUCACUGUCAGAGGAUUUCAGGAUGGAUUUUUAAUCUUUAACACACAAUCUAAGGUGUAUUUUCGAACGGUGGAACUCAUCCAGGAGCCAAUUGUUGGAUCGCCGGGCUUGAGCUUUUAUUUCCGUAUCAAUGGGAAACCAGUUUUCCUCAAAGGCUCCAACUGGAUCCCAGCCCACUCCUUCCAGGACCAAGUCACCUCUGAUGUCUUAAAGAACUUGUUGCAAUCAGCGGUAGAUGCUAACAUGAAUGCUCUCAGAGUUUGGGGAGGAGGAGUGUAUGAACAGGAUCUCUUUUAUGACAUCUGUGAUGAGCUGGGGAUCAUGGUUUGGCAGGACUUCAUGUUUGCUUGUGCAACGUAUCCCACUGAGGCCGACUUUAUACAGACAGUAAGAGAAGAGGUCGUUCAGCAGGUUCAGCGCCUGAAGUCCCACCCCUCUAUAAUAAUUUGGAGUGGGAAUAAUGAAAACGAAGCUGCUCUGGCAACAGAUUGGUUCAACAUCCCAGCUUCCCAAAGGCUGACGUACAUCAAAGACUAUGUGAUGCUUUAUGUGAACAACAUAAAGAAGAUUGUGCUAGAGGAGGACCAGAGUCGCCCAUUUCUUGUCUCCAGUCCAACAAACGGGGCUGAAUCGGAGCAGGAGGGAUGGGUGGCAGAGAAUCCCUAUGACCCUCACUACGGAGACGUUCAUUUCUACAGCUACAUCCUCGACUGCUGGGACUGGAGGACUUUCCCUCGGACACGUUUUGCCUCUGAAUAUGGUUUCCAGUCCUGGCCUUCCUUCUCCACUUUGCAGCCAGUUUCCGUUAAAGAAGACUGGAGCUACGACAGUAAUUUCACUUCCCAUCGUCAACACCAUGAAGACGGAAACCAGCAGAUGAUCCAGCAGGCUGCUCUGCACUUCCACCUGCCAAACGCCACAGAUCCCUUGAAGAGAUUUACUGAUACUCUGUAUAUCACUCAGGUCAUGCAGGCCCAGUGUGUGAAGACUCAGACGGAGUUUUAUCGGAGGAGUCGGAGUGAAAUUAUAGAGGGCAAAGGUCACACCAUGGGUGCACUGUACUGGCAGCUCAAUGAUAUUUGGCAGGCGCCUUCCUGGUCGUCGAUUGAGUUUGGUGGGAAGUGGAAAAUGCUGCAUUAUUUUGCACGGAGCUUCUUUGCCGCCGUCCUUCCUGUUGCUUUUGAGGAAGACGACACAUUGUUCAUCUAUGCCAUUUCAGACCUGAGCCGUGACCUGAAGCUGAGGGCUGUGGUGAAUGUGUUCUCCUGGACUGACCUGAAUCCAGUCUGCACGCUAAGCUCAGACAUGCUGCUCGUGCCCGAAGGCAGCGCUGUGGCCAUCUUCAAACAGCCUGUCGCCACCCUGCUGGCAGGAUGUGGAAACUGCACGCGUCUCACCUGCCUUCUCACCUUCCACCUGGAGGACAACAGCAGCCAGCAGGGUCCCACUAACCACCACUUCUUGUGCUCGCCCAAAGAUGCUCAGGGACUCCACAGACCCAACAUUACAGCAAAGGUGCAGGAGAAUAAGAUCGGCUUCACAGUGACCCUCCACUCAGACUCCGUGGCUCCGUUUGUCUGGCUUGAUGUGGGAAACAUCCCCGGACGUUUCAGCUCCAACGGCUUCCUGAUGGUUUCCAGAAACAGGACAGUUGGCUUUAACGCAUGGCGUCCCACCAGUGUUGCAGAGCUUACUGCAUCUCUUACAGUCACAUCUUUAAGGGAUAUUUACUGACCUGAGACCAGCCACCUUUCAUGCUGAGUUUAACUAAACUGCAAAGAGUAAAACAAAAGCAGAGGGAACAGAUGCAGGAACUGUUCACAGGACAUUCAGAUCUCUACUAAAAACACA